UGUGUGUCUGUCACUCUGUCUGCAGAGAUCAGAUCCAUGCACCACAUGCAACUCUAGUCAUAGCACGUACUACUACUGUGGUGGUCCGUCUAGCUGGUGUCGUCUUAACUAGUUCUUCCCAAUCUUCACACCUGCUCUCUGUUGGCAGAACUUAAGCGUACAUCGAUCGAAAUGGCUGACAACGUCGUGGCUACCUUCUACUACCCGCCGGCGAUGCAGGUGUCCGCCGCCGAGCUCGGCGAGACCAAGCUGUCCAAGCAGGGCUUGGACGACGAUGGCCGCAACAAGCGAACCGGCACCAUGUGGACGGCUAGCUCGCACAUUAUCACCGCGGUGAUCGGGUCCGGGGUUCUAUCGUUGGGCUGGGCUAUCGCGCAGCUCGGCUGGGUGGCCGGCCCCGCCGUCAUGCUCCUCUUCUCCCUAGUCACCUACUUCACCUCCUCCCUCCUCGCCGACUGCUACCGCUCCGGCGACCAGAGCACCGGCAAGCGCAACUACACCUACAUGGACGCCGUCAACGCCAACCUCAGCGGCGUCAAGGUCAAGCUCUGCGGGGUGCUGCAGUACGCCAACAUAGUAGGGGUCGCCAUCGGCUACACCAUCGCAGCAUCCACCAGCAUGCUCGCCAUCAGGCGGGCAAACUGUUUCCACGGCAAGGGCCACGCCAACCCCUGCAAGAUCUCCAGCACGCCCUACAUGCUCAUCUUCGGCGUGGCGCAGGUCUUCUUCUCCCAGAUCCCCGACUUCGACCAGAUCUCAUGGCUCUCCAUGCUCGCCGCCGCCAUGUCAUUCACCUACUCCUCCAUCGGCCUAGGCCUCGGCAUCGUCCAAGUCAUAGCAAACGGAGGCGUGCAGGGCAGCAUGACAGGGAUCAGCAUCGGCGCAGCGGUGACCCCGAUGCAGAAGGUGUGGCGCAGCACGCAGGCGUUCGGCGACAUCGCCUUCGCCUACUCCUACUCCCUCAUCCUCAUCGAGAUCCAGGACACCAUCCGCGCGCCCCCGCCCUCCGAGUCCACCGUCAUGAAGCGCGCCACGGGGGUCAGCGUCGCGGUCACCACCGUCUUCUACAUGCUGUGCGGCUGCAUGGGCUACGCGGCCUUCGGCGACGCCGCGCCGGGGAACCUCCUCACGGGCUUCGGCUUCUACGAGCCCUUCUGGCUCCUCGACAUUGCCAACGCCGCCAUCGUCGUCCACCUAGUCGGCGCCUACCAGGUCUACUGCCAGCCCUUAUUCGCCUUCGUCGAGAAGUCGGCGGCGCAGAGGUGGCCGGACUCCAAGUUCGUCAACGGGGAGGUCGAGGUCCCGCUGCUGAGGGGCAAGGUGAACAUGUUCAGGGCAACUUGGAGGACAGCGUUCGUGGUGGCGACGACGGUCGUGUCCAUGAUGCUGCCCUUCUUCAACGACGUGGUGGGCUUCCUCGGCGCGCUCGGCUUCUGGCCGCUCACCGUCUACUUCCCCGUCGAGAUGUACGUGGUGCAGAAGAAGGUGCCCAGGUGGAGCACCAAGUGGGUGUGCCUGCAGAUGCUCAGCGUCUGCUGCCUCGUCAUCUCCCUCGCCGCCGCCGCGGGCUCCAUCGCCGGAAUCAAGUCCGACCUCAAGGUGUACCACCCGUUCAAGUCAUGAUCGAUUCGUCCGCACGUACGGAACAGAACAAACUAAGAUGCCAUGCCGUCCCAUCAAUUCCAGCCCGUUGAUAGGAUGAAUA